AUGGACAUGCUUGAGGCCAUGAUUGAUGGAGGAAUGAUGAGCGCUGUCUCGGAAUGGUUGGCUCCACUACCGGAUAAAAGUUUGCCUGCUCUCGAAAUAAGAACGGAGCUGCUGAAAAUUUUGUCUGGCUUCGGCAAUUUGGAUCAGGGUGUUCUUAAGCAGUCGGGUCUUGGAAGAGCUGUGAUGCUACUGUAUAAACACCCUCGAGAGACUAAGGAAAACAAAGCACUGGCGGCACAGAUAAUCAGAGAAUGGUCAAGGCCAAUUUUUCAGUUAGAUACCGACUUCCGCUCUGUGUCUCGAGAAGAAAGAGUUCAAAGAGAUUUGGAUCACAUGUCUAGUGUGAAGAAGAAGAGAAUGAGCGGAGAAGCAGGUCCUUCUGAAACCGUUGUGCCGAAAACCACUGAACGGGAAAUCAACAGAGCUCGUGUACCUCGCCCUUCCACGAAGGAUUACGUCGUGAGGCCAAAGUCCAAUGUGGAAGGGGAGUUUAAGGGUGAACGAAAAACUAAAGCAUUUGCUCGUCUCGAUAAAACACAUCGUGAAUUCUUGGAGAGGACUAGAAAACUGAAAGCUAAACGGGCUAUAGGCGUGUCUCUCGAGGGAAGGAAUAUGGCACUGUGA